AAAACCUAAAGAAAAUAUAAAGUAUGAUGUUGAUUGUUUGGUUUAAUGUCCAUAAUAGAAAUUUUAGAUGGUGGUUAUACAUUGCAGUUAUUUCCCACUCUCAAAUGACGGCUACUACUUGCUUUUUCUUAUGGCGAUGAAAGGGUUUUAAAGAUCGAACUUGUAUACUAGUACUUGUUUUUUGGUUUGGGUUGCGCAAUUAUCAUAUUGGGCUUCAUUGACUCUAAAGUCCAUAGUGGAUUGAGCUUUUACGGUUGUACCCCUUAAGUCAACGAAAAUUUAAAAUGGGUCUAACUCCAUUUUAGUCAUUUAAAGUUACAUUACAUGGCGCGAACCAAUGUCGUUAUUUCAACAUCCUACUACUCAAGACUAUCCACAGUAAUUUCAUUACAUCCUCAUUCAAACCCUUUAUCAAAUUAAUACAAAAUAUUUCUGCUCUUUAAUUACCCAUUUUUGCAGAUCACCAAAACCAGAAAAUUUAACUCUGUCUUCAUCUCUUUCCUCUGUCUUCACUCUUCCCGCCAUGAAUGCAAAUGUUGAAAACUCAAUUCAAGAAACGCCAACUUCGAGUUUUCGCUUCCAAGUCCCAGCAAGUAAACUGAAGCAGGCAUUAGUAUCUCUAACCGAUGCCACUUUUAAUCCAAAUGGUUUGGGGUUGAUCGAAGUUAAAGAGAAUGGUUUGACGAUCACGGUUCGGAACACGCAAAUCGAGGUUGUAGGAGUUCUUUGGUUGAAGCCCUCUGGUUUGAUCAACUUUGAGCUAAAAAAUGCUAUGAUCAACAAGAUGAUUAACUUGAAUUGUAUUCUCGAUAAUCUUGUUGAUGCUUCUGAUAAUGAUACUGUCACUCUUUUUCAUUUUCUUGGCUCUUCUCAACUCAAUUUCAUGUUUGGUAAGUAUUUCUUGUUAAUUUGAUUGUCCUGUUUUUCUUAUAAUUUCUUUAACAUUUUAAUGCAUGUUUUUUUGGUGGGAAACGUAUGAUAUUAAUGUUAUUGUUCAUUGAUUUAAAGUCUGAUUAUUAUGAGAAAGAAGGGUUUCUUAAAUUGAUUGUGAAGGUUGUUCUGAAGAAUUUUUUUUUCUCUGUAAUAAAGAAUAUAAUUAUUUGUAGUUUUAAUUUGUAUAGUUUAAACCCUAGUUACACGUAAUUUACUGCAAAACUUUUCAGUUAUUCUUUAAUUUGAAGAUAGGAUUUUAAUUUUGGGAUAAUAUAUCAAGCUUUGAUAUUAGGGUUCUCAAUUUGGUUGUAAAUUAACAAAAUUGGAAUGUUGUAUGAAUCAUUUAUAAUUUAGAUUUAGAAAAUUUCACCUGACUGUAUGAAAAAUUUCCCAAACUAAUCUUGCAAUUACUAAUAAAUAUUUUGGGGAUUAAUUAACAAACAUUAAGGUUCUAAAGUGCAUAAAAAUGCGUUGUAAUUGGGGUCGAUUGGGUGUAACUAGAUUAGGUUUGAAAUCAUUGGCAUUUAUUUGCAAAAUGUGUAUUAUGAAAGGUUUUUUCCAACAAAUUUUCCUUAAAUUCCAAUUGAAGUUUGUGAUUGACUCAAAUUUACACAAGGUUGCCUGAUGUAAACAUUUGAUUGAAAUAUAUAUGAAGAAACCAGAAUCAUGCAAUGCAAAAUUAUUGAAACAGGAUUUUGGUAUUUAGUUCAUUAGCUCAACGGAGUUUAGGAGAUUGCCCCUCAACAAUCAAUAAUCAUUUUCCGUACAGGUUUUCGUGACAUUUGUUCAUGUUCUGUAUCAGAAAUCAAAUGUUAACUUUGAUUUUAAGUACUUGUUAUAAAUAAAAAUUUGGUUUUCUAUCAGCAAGUUCGAUAUCUCACAUUUGCAGCCUGAUUUCAUGACAUAAGGAAAUUAAGUGUGUCAAACUUUUGAUGAUUUAAAUCAGGAAAUGCUUCUCCUAGAGAGUUUGCUGUGGAAUUACUCAAAAUGGAUGCUAGCUUCGAGAAAUUUCCCAACAUCUAUUACACCUGUGAGGCUGUCAUAGCAAGUGAUCACUUGAGGGAGAUGAUUAAAGCAUAUAAGUCAACUACUAGAGUUUCAAUGAAUAUAUCGGACAAGAGUUUGAUAGUCUGUAUAGGAGAGUCAAGUUGGGAGUUGUACGAAGAGGCUGAUGGAAUUAGGGGAAUGCCACCAAAUAUGAUGCAUUGUGGUUGGUUCCAAAUGCCGCAUCAUAAGUCUUUAAAGAAGGCAUCGUUCCUAGCAACAGGGCUUGUUCUAUGCCUUGUUACUGACCCGCCUAAACAUAUCAUGCUGCGAUUCAACCUCCGAGAGCUAGGAGACUUGACAUUUAUCAGCAAAGCAGGAUAUCUUGCUUUCAACGCCACUGUUUCAGACUAUGACACUUUAAGAUCUAGCCUUUUAGCUUCGUUUCCUCGCUCGUGGUGAUAUUUUGAGUUCAGAACCUGAAAUUGUUUGUGUUAGAGUGUAUAUAUGAUAGUUGUGUAUCUUAUAUAAAUAGCUAGAUAAUAAUUACAAAACAUAAGAUACACAACUAUCAUAUAUACACUCGUAACAGUUUUGAAUAUACUUUUAUAAUGCUGAUCAGAAAAUAGCUUCUGCUUGUUACAGAAUAUAAUGUUACAGAUGAACAAUGUAGCACAUUUGCUGCUAGGUCUAUCUUAGCAUACUGGUGGCAUACAUAUUGUACUUACAGUAGAUACAGUUACAUCAUUUUAUGUCAUUGAUUUUACAUGUACAGAUAAUGUUCAAGAAUUUACAGAAAUUAAAUUGAUUGAAGUUCAUGGGUCGAUAUUCUGAAUCAUUAUCAGACAGGCAGAGACUAUAUUAUAUACUAGCAUAUUGUACGUACAGAUACAGUUUUUAGUUGUUUUAUGUCGUUGAUUUUAUUUAUUGAAGUCUAUGAAUAGGUAUUUCGAAUCAUCUGCAUUAAAAAAAAAAAUCGAAAUUGAAGUGAUCAAUUGUUUAAUA